UUAUGCUGAACUUCCACGCACAGGUCUGCUGUGAUCAUAUAGAGUCCCGUAUUAGGAAGGGAUGCAGUCAUCUACAUUCUCGUUGAAACUUGUUUUUGACUUGAGGAACCGGAGCCCUUGAUCGUUGCCUCAAAGUUCGAGUCUUUGAACUAUGAUUUCGACUGUGAAGCAAUCUGGGGCACUAGCAAUCCUCCGUUCUGAUCUCCUCCGUCCAAAGUCUCCGUCACUGGCUCCCAAUUUACGUGUCCUUCCGCCUCUCCCGGCCGGGAAGCACUCCCGGAGUUUUGUAGUUUCUUUAGCCAAGCCACUCCACGUUUCUUCUGUCGAGACCUUUGGAAGUUUAAAACAGAGAUCUCGAGGGGAUGAUCACGAGAGUCGUGGUCUGGUCACGUGUAACGCCCACGAGGCCGAUGGACAGCAGCCGGUGAAUGAUUCGGCGGCCAAAUUUGAGGCUGCUAGGAAGGUGAAGAUCGGGAUCUACUUCGCUACUUGGUGGGCUUUGAAUGUGGUCUUCAAUAUAUACAACAAGAAGGUUCUGAAUGCAUUCCCUUUUCCCUGGUUAACCUCCACGCUCUCGCUUGCUGCUGGAUCUCUUAUAAUGCUUAUAUCUUGGACUCUAAGGAUCGUUGAAACUCCUAAUACUGAUCUGGACUUCUGGAAGACCCUCUUCCCGGUCGCAGUUGCGCACACCAUUGGGCACGUGGCAGCUACUGUGAGUAUGUCAAAGGUGGCGGUUUCCUUCACUCACAUUAUCAAAAGUGGGGAACCAGCUUUCAGUGUUCUGGUUUCAAGGUUCAUCCUGGGAGAAAGCUUUCCACCAUCUGUUUACUUGUCACUGAUUCCAAUUAUUGGUGGAUGCUCCCUGGCCGCUCUUACUGAGUUGAACUUCAACAUGAUCGGCUUUAUGGGUGCCAUGAUUUCGAACCUGGCCUUUGUUUUCCGAAACAUAUUUUCCAAGAGAGGCAUGAAGGGGAAGGCUGUCAGUGGAAUGAACUAUUAUGCUUGCUUGUCUAUCCUAUCUCUUGGAAUUCUCACCCCAUUUGCACUUGCUGUGGAGGGACAACAGAUGUGGGCAGUUGGGUUUGAAAAAGCUCUUUCCCAAAUCGGACCGAAUAUCAUAUGGUGGAUGUUGGCUCAGAGUGUGUUUUAUCAUCUCUACAAUCAAGUGUCAUACAUGUCUCUGGAUGAGAUCUCUCCUUUGACUUUCAGUAUCGGAAACACCAUGAAGCGAAUUUCUGUUAUCGUGUCAUCCAUCAUUAUCUUCCGGACACCGGUCCAGCCUGUCAAUGCUCUAGGAGCAGCUAUUGCUGUCUUUGGGACUUUCUUGUAUUCACAGGCAAAGCAGUGAAGACUGAAGACCAAGACUUGGGCAAACAUGGAGGGAGGGAGUAAUCAAGAUCCCAUUUUGGGAAUGCCCUAGCUGUGGAACGGCUUUGUUGGUAGAUAGCAAAUAAGAAGUUGAGGAGUUAGUUACUCGAACUGUAAGAUACAAAGAUAGAUGGCGCUGUUCAUUGUAAUUUUGCAUUUUACACUUCCAGAUUGGCAGAUUUUAGAGAAGAAUCUUGACCUGUGUGGGUUUUGGUUACCUGUCCGGCCCAUAUGAGCCCAACUUGUAUUAGAUGUCCUUAAUUAAUCUUUUAAUCCUGUUUGCUUGGUCCAAAAUUUCUUAGGAGAAAAU